GUAAGGAACACGCUCACAAAAACAGUUGAUGUUCGGCCCAACGGUGAGGAAAAAGGACAUCUGACGCUGCAGUUUAGAAAAACAGUUUUUAAUCGGACUGUCAGUUUUCCAUUGAAGGCAAGGAAACAUAACGAUUGUAGAAUCUCCGUUUUUGUAACAGCGUGGAGGCGAACGUGAAAACACCAUGGCCUCCCGAAAGAAGGUCCUCUUGAAGGUGAUAAUCCUGGGUGACUCAGGAGUUGGGAAAACUUCUCUGAUGAACCAGUAUGUAAACAAGAAGUUCAGUAAUCAGUACAAAGCCACAAUCGGAGCAGAUUUCCUUACCAAAGAAGUGAUGGUGGAUGACAGACUUGUGACUAUGCAGAUCUGGGAUACAGCAGGCCAGGAGCGCUUCCAGUCCCUGGGCGUGGCGUUCUACCGCGGGGCUGACUGCUGUGUGCUGGUGUAUGAUGUUACUGCUCCGAACACGUUUAAGACUUUGGACAGCUGGCGAGAUGAGUUCCUGAUCCAAGCCAGCCCUCGUGACCCGGAAAACUUCCCAUUCGUGGUGUUGGGCAACAAAAUCGACCUGGAAAAUAGGCAGGUGACAACAAAACGCGCCCAGGCAUGGUGUCAAAGCAAAAAUAACAUCCCAUAUUUUGAGACCAGUGCCAAAGAAGCCAUCAAUGUGGACCAGGCCUUCCAGACCAUUGCACGAGACGCUCUCAAGCAGGAGUCGGAGGUGGAGACCUAUGAUUUCCCAGACCAGAUCAAGCUAAGGGACGACAGGCCCACUUCGUCCAGCGAUGGCUGCAGCUGCUGAGGGAGAAGAUGGGAUAGGAGACAGGAGAUGGGAGGGGUGGAGAGGCUGGGGAGGGGAGGGGGGGAUACCACUGGAUCUUGAACCUGAAGAGACAGUUACAGCGGACAACGUUCCCUUCCAACACAAACCCUCUCGCCUGCCCAGGCUACAGCUGACUGGGUGAAAAUGAAACGACCAAGUAGCCAUCCACCCCACUCAUCCCACCAACAGCAACCUUCUCUGGAUUCCUGCUUUAAGCAGGGAGAAGGAGGAUGGUGAAAACCCCAGCAGAGCAAGACACCCAACAUGGUUAGGCAUUGACUUUCAGAGCGUCAUGUAUUAAGAUCAUUUCUGCAAAUCCAGCCGAAUUUAACCAUAGAUGUAGUAACUUCAAAUGUAACUUCAUUUUAUUCUAUUGCACAUCAUCAUACUGAAAUAUUGUUAGACGUCAUGCAACUAAACUAUUACUUCCCCAUCUUUUUUGCCCCCCAGUACUUUUGAUUAUUCCAUGCACUAAAUACAUCUGUUUCUUUUCCUGAUCUGUUCAGAAUGUCAGUUGUCCAUAGGCCUAGACACGGACAUAGCCAACCAAGGUUUGAAAGACCCAUGAAUAACAAUAAAUGGUAGGAUCCAGUGUAGUUUUUAAACCGUUUAUGUGAAAUGUGAUCGUUUAGGGAGGAAGUGUGACAAACAGGAGGGUGGAAGUGAAACAGACCCUGGGGGUUUUGGGAAGAGCUAUGACGUGAGGACAUAUCCGUGCUGCCCAGUGACAGGUCAAAGGUUAAACCUCGUUGCUGUUGCUGACAAUUUCCUGUUGACCUCUUGCAAAUUAAAAAGGCACAAUCCAUUGGAGGGUUUUAUCGGAAAACAUUUUGGUUGGACUAAAGCAGGGUAUUAUAUGGAGAAAAAAAAGUGACAUCAAGAAGACGCAUAUGCACGCACACACACACACACACGCUGUGUCAAAGCUGCUUCGACAGUGAUUGGUUUAGUAAUACGAAUGUGCCCCUAUACAGUGUCUUCUAUAUGAAUACUAUCAGAGUUGCUGGAUACUCAUCUGCAGAUCAUGAGCUUAGGAUUAUACAAUACAGCUGAGUGAGGAAAUUGCCUCAAGCAACAUGUGCUGAUCUCUCUGUCUUUUUUCUGUUUCUGUUAGACUUUUCACGUGUGAAAUGCCAUUCCAUUCAUUAUGUUUUUGUAUGCCAAAAUGAAUCAUAUCAUGAAGUUUGCUGAAGUAGAAUAUGCCCUUUCUAUUCUGGCCUGAAGCCUUCUUGUAAAUCCAGUUAUAGUGACAAACUAAAAAAUAAAAUAUGAUUUAAAAACCAACAAAGGUAAAA